CAGAGCAUAACCAUCCCGGUGUAAAUCCGCACUCAAAUCUCUAAAAAGUGAGAGCGAGGGAGGUUCCAAAAGUGAGCAUGCCGGUGUAAAUCCACCACUCAGAUUCUUUUUGUGUGGAACGGUGAGAACUUGGGCGAGGCUCCUGCCUUGACCGAUGCGUGCCAAAAAUAAGAACGAUUCGGCGUCAUACGAAUUCAAUGAAACUUUCUAGCACGAUUACAUACCAGUAGUCUACGUUCACCUCUCAAUGCUUGAGCAUUUCAGCAUUCAUGUGACAUGCUGAGGAGCUUAGAUCAACGCGCCUUCCAGCCUCAUGGUUCGGAUGCAAAGAUGGCAAGGCGAGCAAACCAGUCAAGGGAUUGCCCGGACCUCACAUUUUAUGCCAAUUUCAAAUUCAAGAAUCGAAUCCCCGCGCGGCCAUUUUUCUUGGAAGUGAAGAACAAAUAACUUCACUUCUACCAACGCUACCGUAGCAACCGCAGCAAGCUACCCUUAGUAGGUUAAUACUUGGUAUAUGGUUAAUACUUGAUACCAUACAAUAGCACCAUGGAUAAGAGGGCUGUGGUAAUCGGUGGUGGCCCCUCUGGGCUGGCCAUGACGAAAGAGUUAAAUCAGGUUGGCUUUGAGGUAGCUUGUUUCGACAAUGGGAAGGCGAUUGGAGGAGUGUGGGAUUGGGCGUGGGAUAGCUUGGUCAUGACAUCUUCCUCCACCAUGUCGGCAUUUUCCGAUUAUCCGUCCAAGGACGAGAAGAUGUGGUCCAAGAAAGAGUGUAACGACUACCUCAACUCCUACGUCGAUCACUUUGGCAUUCGCUCCUUGAUUCAUGUCAAUCAGGCGGUCAUCAAGGCGACCCGUGUGAGGAAUCAGCAGGACGAUUACUGGUAUUGGCAAGUCACUACCCGCCACAACGAAACUGGACAAGAGACACUCCAUGAGGCAGGCUCGCUCUUUGUCUGCACUGGCAACAAUCACGUGCCUCGAAUGGUCAACUUUGAAGGCAUUGAAACCUACCAAGGAGACAUGAUGCAUACCAAGGAAUACACUGGAGAUCACUCUAUCUUUGCCAACAAGGAUAUUCUUACCGUUGGUAUGGGGGAAUCCGGAGCUGAUCUCUCCUUGGCGGCGGCCAAGGUGGCCAAAUCCUGCCAAAUGUCCAUUCGAAACUCGAGUGGAUGGGUAGGCCCCCGCUUGCGCAAGGGUAUCCCCGCAGACUACAUGACGUCGCGCAUUUUGUGGGGGAUCCCCCGUGUUGCAGCACCCAUUCAGUCUCUGCUCAUGUCUACUGGCGAUAAAACAUUUGGAGAAACCAAAAUCCUCAAGACCAUGGGAGAAUACAAUCGUGGUGUCGUCACCAAAUGCAAUCCUCUAGGUGCGUGGGGAACUCAUGGAACUAAAAGCACGGGCUUUAUUGAAGCUAUUGUCAAUCAUGGGGCCACCAUUGUUCCAGGAAUUUCUCGCGUCGGACCCAAGAAACGGGUCGAGUUCACCGAUGGGUCCAUCUCCAACCAUGUCGACAUGAUUGUCUUGAACACGGGGUUUCUGCAAGACUUUGAGUUUCUGCAGCCAGAUCCAGAGGAUCAUGAAUUCAUUGCUUCUGUGGAAGCCAUGCGUCAGUUGCAUCUAUGGAAACGGACCUUGCCACUCAACUUUGAUCAGACUCGUCUAGGAUUCAUUGGUGUCUUUUUUCGUCCUACCUUUGGUUCCCAGCUACCCAGCGCCGAAAUGCAAGCCCGAGUUGCAUCUGCCGCGCUCCUAGAGGUCUCUGGGCGACAGGACUUGGCACACAUUCCGGUACUCCCGCGAUCCAGAGAAGCCAUGCGCUUGCAGAUCGUCUUGGGAGUCCAACAAUCAUGCAGUCAGUACGCGGAUGACGCAAGCAACAAAAAGAUUGGAGAUUUCUACCUCUACAUGAACGAUAUGGCCAUUACACUCGGAGUGCACCCGGGAACCUUUUGGGAGAUUCUAUUUCGUGAUCCUGCCUUGGCCCUGUGCCUCUUUUGGGGCUGCUUUUCGGCGCCUCAGUUUCGUUUGAAGGGACGCAUGGCGACACCGGAAGUGGCACGAGAUGCCAUUGUGCGCAAGAUCCACCCCGCGUGGUUCCUAUCCGCCCGCCUUUAUCGCAUUGCGAUUGUGACCCGUCUGGUUUCCGCUCUGUUGUUUACUGUCGUUGCCAUCUUGGACUUUGUGACGUUUGGGGCCAUUGAAUCCAUUCGAGUCAUGAAACGGACAUUGCAAACCCCAGGAACCACGGUGGCACUCAACGAUCUUUCCGUCUCGGAACUCGAAAAGGAGAUUCGUGUCAACGAACGUAUCUGGUCCACUGCUUCCUUUGUGGCUCGUGCCUGCCAGCCGAGGAAUGGGAACGCUGCACACAACGAUUGCAACGCUAGUAGCUGCAACCACCCCGACACUAAAAUACUUGAUGCAUCCGGUCUGAAGCCUAUGAAGAUCUCGGUUUGAAUCGAAGCCAAUCAACGAAACUGUGGGUGGACCGCCCAAGCCGCUCCAGUUACAUGUAGUGUUCCCCCGCUGUUUGUAGCUCUGCUGUGUCCUCCUCAACCAAGAGUGACAGAGUCGCGGUGGAAUUAAUUUCUCUUUCACUUAAUAAAUCUUCGUAUACCCCUCGUGCAU